AUGCCAAGAGGCUUUUUAGUGAAAAGGAACAAGAAAGCGAACCCUGUGUCUUACAGGGUGCGCUCUGACGAAGAGGAGCAGGGACAACUAAUACACGCUUUACAGAGUCCAAAAGACGCACUACAGUCGGAGGCUCUCGCAUCCUUCCCUGAGCGCGCAGCAGCAGCAUCCGUUUUCUGCGAGGCAUCAGCCACAGCAGCGGCACCCGGACAUGACGCUAAACCCGUUCAGUUUGGGAACCCGGAGGCAUUGUACCAGGUGCUCUACAGCCCCACCCGGCCCGUCAGUAAGGACCAUGAACGGGCAUAUUUUGAGAGAAGUUUAAAUCUAGGCUCACCUGUGUCUGCUGAAUCCUUUCCCACACCUGCAGCGCUUACCACUCUAGAUAAUCUCUUUGCCCCAGUGGACCUAAAAAUCGGUACCAGUAACAGCAACCGGACCGGGACAACCACGAACCCAAUCCCACCCGCUGUCACCGGGAAUGGCACCAAAAGGCCUUCGAGCGACACCGAGCGUAAAAACAAGCCUCCAUCCAAAAAAAACAAAGCUAUCAGGAAACUACACUUCGAAGACGAGAUGACCACAUCACCCGUGCUUGGCCUCAAAAUUAAAGAGGCGCUUGUCGACCAAAAACCCAGACCACAGCCGGCAGCAGGUGACAAACCCCUCGGUGAGUUCGUCUGUCAACUGUGCAGAGAAGCAUAUGGCAACCCGUUCGCGCUGGCCCAGCACAAGUGCUCCAGGAUUGUGAGAGUUGAAUACAGAUGCCCUGAAUGCGAUAAGGUGUUCAGCUGCCCGGCGAACCUAGCCUCCCACAGGCGCUGGCACAAACCAAAGCCACAGAAUACAGCGUCAAUAUCUGGCGCGCAAAAUAUUAAAUCCCAGAGUGAUAAGAUGCCGGCGAUUGAUAAGGCUGUGUCUGAAGAAAUAAAGCUCCGGAGCGAAAGAGACUCACCCAGCCCCGGGCUGUCAGAGUCGGGAUCAGUUGGAUCAGAGGAGGGUCUCUAUGAUUGUCAUCACUGUGGGAAAAAGUUUAAACGCCAGGCAUACCUGAGAAAGCACAUCCUAUCUCAACAUGCCACAUCCUCCCACAACACCAGCAGCGAGGACCAGGAUGCCUAUCCAUCAUCCCAAAGCGAGGGAAAGCCCAGUGACCAAACUCCAAGCCACGCACCAUUGAAUCUGAGUUCCUCAGGGUGCCACCUGUGCCCUGUUUGCGGAGAGAACUUCCCCAACAGAGUCAACCAGGAAAGGCAUAUCCGUCUCCUCCACUCCUCGCAGGUCUACCCAUGCAAAUAUUGCCCUGCCAUGUUCUACAGUUCACCGGGACUUACACGGCACAUCAACAAAUGUCAUCCCUCAGAAAACAGGCAGGUGAUCCUCCUUCAGAUGCCUGUGCGCCCAGCCUGUUGA